AUGAAUGAUUUAAAUAAUGUGCCAGAUACGGAGGACACUGAAGAUAUGGAAGAUAUGGGGAAUGCUAUAGACGAUGAUGAAAAUAUGACUCAUCAGAGGAAAGAAAAGAAAAUUGUAAAGAGCGAAUUCAAGCACGAAGAACUACGAGAAAUCGGUUCACUGGCAAUAUUUUCACUUUCAAGCUGGAAGGCCGGUAAUGGCGUUGAAAACUUGCGAGAUAAUAACUUGAUGACAUUUUGGCAAUCAGAUGGCACUCUACCCCACCUCGUCAAUAUUCAAUUUCCUAAAAAGGUUUCCGUGGUGCAAAUUUCACUUUGGAUUGAUUACAAGAAUGACGAAAGUUAUACGCCAAAUAAGAUAGUUGUUAAGGCUGGAACAAAUUUUGGGGACUUACAAGACUUGCGGACAGUUGAACUGGAAGAUCCUUACGGAUGGGUUGAUAUUCAACUAAGUGGGGACCAUACAUUAACUUUGAAAAGUCCUGCUUUCGGUAAUGAUGAUUCUGAUGACGAUAUACCAUUUUCUACAUUGGAGUUUGCAAUGCAUGAAACCAUACGAUAA